GCCCGAUCUGUUUUAUGCCCUAGCUGCAGCUCGCCUCUGGUCUUCCUGGUUUCCUUUCCCUGGAACUCCUCAACUCAGGCGCUCGAUUCCUGGCUUCGCCUGGUGCCGAUCUCAUCUGUUGUUCAGACAUGACUGCUUGCAAGCAGACUGCAUCCACGGGCGCCGCCGCCACCGACGAGGCUGACAGCAAGUCGGCAGCAAAGAGCGAUGGAGCGGAGGAGCGGAAGCCCUCGACCAAGUGCAAGAAGGGGAAGAAGGCCAAGGGCAAGUUGGCGGUGAAGAGCAAUGGUGCGCAGAAGCCCAAGACCCAUGACCUUUCCGAUGUUACACGCGGGUUGGCGGUGAUGAGCAUUGCAACGGAGAAGCCGUUGGAUGAACAGCUCGCCCAGUUCGCCCUGUUCACCUACCAGAACGACUUCUGGAUGGACAACUUCAAAGGCGUCUGUGACAAGCCGUCCGUAGAUGCUAUUAAAAGGAAAGCUACUGAAAACUGGAAAUCCUUUAGCGAUUCAGACAAAGCCCCUUAUGUGGCCAUUGCACGUGUUUACAAAAUACUCAUUGCCGAGGCAAAUGAGUUCAAGAAGACACUGAAGUUGACGCUCGCGAUGACGGACAAGAUGAUGAAUCUGAAAAUGUGAACAGCCAAGAUCUCUAAGGUGUGUUUGAAUAGAAAUGUCUUGGUAGAUGGCAGAAUUACUGCAACCAACUCCACAAAACCUGAUUCUGUCUGGGCGGCACUUGGAGGGUUGAGAUGCAGGUGCAGUUCAAGCUGCCAUAUGGACAAUACUAGUUUAAAAUAUGUUUGUGCUCCUGGCUUUAGAUGUUGAAGUCUUUUGCAUAUUGUUAUGUUUGGUUAGUAAAUUUGAAUGGCCGUUAAGUUAUUUCACUACUAAGCCCUGUGAUGACAUUGUGAGAAUGCAAGGGGCUGACCCCUACCAAGAGGGGGCAUGUUGUAUUAUGUAUUACUAACCGCGUGAGAUGUACGUUGCAGUAUUUAACUAUGGAAAUAGUAAUUCAGAACUCGCUGAAA